CACAAUCUCACGUAACGUGAACUCCAAAUACUCAGCCCUCUCUUCAAUUCAAUUUCAUUUUAUUUUUCUUUUUUAGUUCACAGUAAUUUUUUUUCUCUUAAUUGUUAAAGAUCUCAUAAUAAAUUUUGAUUUAUUUAAUUUUUAUGGCUUCAAUUUCUCCAAGUCCUAGAACUAUAGAAGAGAUCUUUAAAGAUUAUAACGCUCGUCGUGCUGGCAUAGUUCUUGCUUUAACUAAUGAUGUGGAAGAAUUCUCUAAUGCGUGUGAUCCAGAAAAGGAAAAUUUGUGUCUGUAUGGACAUCCAAAUGGAACCUGGGAAGUCAACCUUCCAGCUGAGGAAGUUCCACCUGAGCUCCCAGAGCCAGCACUUGGGAUCAACUUUGCAAGGGAUGGGAUGAAUCGUAGAGAUUGGCUUUCACUGGUCGCUGUGCACAGUGAUUGUUGGUUGCUUUCCGUUGCCUACUACUUUGGAGCUCGUCUUAACAGAAAUGAAAGGAAGCGUCUAUACAGCUUGAUCAAUGAUCUGCCCACUGUGUUUGAAGUUGUAGCUGAAAGAAAGCCCAUAAAAGACAAGCCCAGCGCAGAUAGCGGGAGCAAAUCCCGUGGUAGCAUAAAGAGGACGGCUGAUGUUCAGCCUAAAAGCACUCCAAAGCUGGCAGAUGAAAGUGGCGAGGAGGAUGAAGAUGAACACGGUGAAACACUAUGCGGAAGCUGUGGUGGGAAUUACAAUGCUGAUGAAUUUUGGAUUGGCUGUGAUAUCUGCGAGAGGUGGUAUCAUGGUAAGUGCGUGAAGAUAACACCUGCUAAAGCUGAGAGUAUAAAGCAGUAUAAGUGCCCGUCAUGUAACUUGAAGCGGAGCAGACCAUAGUUGCUUCAUAAAUUAGAGGGAGGUCAUGCCAUCAACUUUGUUGCUUUGUCAACUAACAAAAUAGUACAGCAUUAUGUAAUGGGACCCUAAACGUAGAUUUUUCACCAUGACCUUUGCAAAGGGAUGAAGUUUAGCUUCUUCCAUUAAUCAAUUUUCGGAUGCCCAAUAUAUAAAAAGUUUGUUACUUAA